CUUUUAUCCCGGAGCCCCGUCGCUUCGUGCGCUGCCAGCGGGGCUCAGCCAGUCGGCUGGAAUUGAGUAGCAUUCAUUGAAUCUGCGGAUUUCAUGACGUCUCCCUGCGUGGUCCAUCACUUUUCUCCUAACCGGGGAUUUUUUUUUUCUCUUGCCCUUCCCCGCUUCCUUCCACCCAGUCUCCCUCCCCCGUCCCUGCCCAGACGCGCGCCCCUCCGCCCCUCCUUCGGCCCCGGCGCCCAGCCCGGCUCUCGGCGCUCGGCCGGAGGGAGCCAGUCCGGAGACGGCCGCACCUGGCUGGAGAGGCUGGGCGGGCGGAGGGGUGGAGACCCGCGGGCGCCGGGAAGCCGGACCCGGAGCCGGAGCCGCGGCGAGCAGAAUGGAGUCUCCUAACAGCCUCUCGGGGCUGAUGUGAAAUUUGACCAUCUGAUUCCAGUUUUUUUUUUUCCCUUUUUCCUUUUCUUUUUUGCAUUUCCUUCCCUUGCCAUCCGUCGUGUGGCGAAUUGUUCAGUCUUGCUCCGUUUCAAGAGAGGAGAUCAUGAUUGAGUGAAACCACCCCGUCCGCAGCCAGGAAAAGCGCAAAGAAGAAAUUGCAGCAAUGGCCAAGCUGACAGAAUCCAUGACUAACGUCCUGGAGGGCGACUCCAUGGAUCAGGACGUCGAGAGCCCAGUGGCCAUUCACCAGCCAAAGUUGCCUAAGCAGGCCAGGGAUGACCUGCCCAGACACAUCAGCCGAGACCGGACCAAAAGGAAAAUCCAGAGAUACGUGAGGAAAGACGGAAAGUGCAACGUUCAUCACGGCAACGUGAGGGAGACCUAUCGCUACCUGACCGAUAUCUUCACCACCUUAGUCGACCUGAAGUGGAGAUUCAACCUCUUGAUUUUCGUCAUGGUUUACACAGUGACCUGGCUCUUUUUUGGAAUGAUCUGGUGGUUGAUUGCGUACAUCCGGGGAGAUAUGGACCACAUAGAGGACCCCUCAUGGACUCCUUGUGUUACCAACCUCAACGGGUUUGUCUCUGCUUUUUUAUUCUCAAUAGAGACAGAAACCACCAUUGGUUAUGGCUACCGGGUCAUCACGGAUAAAUGCCCGGAGGGAAUUAUUCUCCUCUUAAUCCAGUCUGUGCUGGGGUCCAUUGUCAAUGCAUUCAUGGUGGGAUGCAUGUUUGUAAAGAUCUCUCAACCCAAGAAGAGGGCAGAGACCCUGGUCUUUUCCACCCAUGCAGUGAUCUCUAUGCGGGACGGGAAACUGUGCCUGAUGUUCCGGGUAGGGGACCUUAGGAAUUCCCACAUUGUGGAGGCUUCCAUCAGAGCCAAGUUGAUCAAAUCCAAACAGACCUCGGAGGGGGAGUUCAUCCCGUUGAACCAGACAGAUAUCAACGUAGGGUAUUACACAGGAGAUGACCGUCUGUUUCUGGUGUCACCACUGAUCAUUAGCCACGAAAUUAACCAACAGAGUCCUUUCUGGGAGAUCUCCAAAGCCCAGCUGCCGAAAGAGGAACUGGAAAUUGUGGUCAUCCUGGAAGGAAUGGUGGAAGCCACAGGGAUGACAUGCCAAGCUCGAAGCUCCUACAUUACCAGUGAGAUCCUGUGGGGUUAUCGGUUCACACCUGUCCUGACACUGGAGGAUGGGUUCUACGAAGUUGACUACAACAGCUUCCAUGAGACCUAUGAGACCAGCACCCCAUCCCUUAGUGCCAAAGAGCUGGCUGAGUUAGCCAGCAGGGCAGAGCUGCCCCUGAGUUGGUCUGUAUCCAGCAAACUCAACCAACAUGCAGAACUGGAGACUGAAGAGGAAGAAAAGAACCUCGAAGAGCAAACAGAAAGAAAUGGUGAUGUGGCAAACCUGGAGAAUGAAUCCAAAGUUUAGUGCCCUAGCUGGGCAACCCCUUCUCUUCUCCCCUGACGCAAUCUUUCCUUGUCUCUCAUUCUCUUUCUUUUCUGUCUCUCUUGCUUUGUUCUUUAUUUAUUCAUAUUUAAUUUUUACAUUACCAGAAAACAAAUCUUCAAGGUGUAAAAUAUCUACCUGCCCUCUCUCAGUUACUUAGAUUGACAAGGUAGACACGGAUUUGGUGAAAAGUGCAAAGUGCCCUCAUUUGUGGCCCAAGCCUGGUCUCCUCCCAAAAUACUACACAUCCAACUCCUGGAGCUUUCAGUUACUUACCUGCAUGUGUUGUACAAUACCAGAUCACUCAAAAGGGUGUGUCAAAGAUUUUACCUGGGAUAUGACAAGUAAGGUUUCCGGUGCCUAUUUAUUCAUUCAGUGAGACACAGAGUGGAGCCCUCAGUUUUAUAGAUCCCAAUUCAUUUCAUCUACUACAGGGUGAGGUGCUUGCCCCGUGUGGGUGUGGCAGUUAACAGGGCCCAGGUGAGCUGAAGAUAAACUACUGUACAUAUAUAUGCCUUAUGUAAUUAUUUUCUUUUUGCAGUUAGUAAUAAAACCCAGCAUGUACAAAAGUACCAUAGAACAGAACUUCUAAAUACUGUACAUAGAUGUAUCACUAAUGUAGGUUUAGAUAUAUAACUUUAGAAAUAAGAAGAAAAAAAAAAAAAGAAAGAAAGA